CUAACUUGAUUUGAGCUUAAUAUAGGUUUAUUUUUGAUCAAUAAAUAUUGUUCGUGUAUUAAUGUAAUAUUGUAUUUAAGUUUUACGAAAGAACUUUUUACAGUAAAUAAUACGAAACAAAAUGUUACAAGAAAAUUUAAACUUUAAACUGACUUUUUCUGGGAUUAUCAAAUACUUAUAAUAAGAAAAUCACUUUGCAGUUUUGGCUUUUAUCCCUUUACUUAUAGGUUCUUGUUCUUUUUUAGAGUCUUCUCCAAACACAAUCAAUAUGUACCUCAAAUUUAACGGGAGACAGGAGGGAUUGAAGAGGACACAGGAGGCAGGGAGGAGUGCUGAAGAGGCUAAAUGAGUUUCUAGUAGUGUUUUCACAGCAUUUGAGAAACGAGAAAUCUGUUGCACCAUUUACGAGUAUGGCAUACUAUAAAAUAUAUAUUGAUCCUUGGCAAGAGGUUGUCGAUGAGGCUUUUCAAGAGUCAAUCUCAGUAUGAGGAGAAAGUUCGUGAACUUAUGCAGGAAGAUGCCGACCUUAGUGAAAGCGAAGCCAAGAAGGAUGUUUUGGAGGAUAUGCGAGGUACUUACAGAAAGGCCCUGCUGAACAUUUUUGAGGCCAGGCUGACGUGGUUUGACGCUAUAAAGACAGUUAAUCAAUUAAAAGACACAGAGAACUAUGAAGAACAGGAAGCCGUAAAGUACGCCAUCCUUAAGCGGAGAUUUCUGUUCGAUAAGGUAUUAGACAGUUACAACGUUCCUCAGUUGGAUGCAGAGAAAUAAAAAGAAACAGGACAGUGAAAAUCACUGAGAGAUACUUUGGAGCGGGCUUGAGAGUAUCGUGGAUUAUUUUUUGUAAUGUCUUACAUAAUGCGGAAUGCAGAUGCCAUUUAAUUCCAUAACACAUUUGUAUCAGAUAGUUUUGCAGCACGUACUUGUUUUUAAAGUAAA